ACGUCACCAGUGGGCGAGGAGCUUUGAUAAAAGCGCCUGCAGGCGUGUGAGGAGAUUCCAUUCACCACCCGCAUCAACAAUGAUCUGGACAAUACUUCUCCUCCUUCAGGCUCUCCUCCUUUACUUUAUGCUCACGCGCCGGACGAGGUCAAAGAAGGAGCCACCUUUAGACAAUGGGUUGAUUCCAUGGUUAGGGCAUGCACUGGAAUUUGGAAAAGAUGCUUCUAAGUUCUUGCAUCGAAUGAAGAUGAAACAUGGUGACAUAUUCACAGUGUGUGUCGCUGGCCAUUAUGUCACAGUGCUGUUGGAUCCACAUUCCUAUGAUGACGUCAUCAAUGAUGCUGUGGCCCUGGACUUUACAAGAUAUGCGCAAGUGCUCAUAGAGAGAAUCUUCAGCCUGCGGCUUCCACAUCACCAGCCGGACAAAGCCAAAGAAGCCAUGAUAAAGUAUUUUCAGGGACGGGAUUUGGCCUACCUGAACACCUCCGUGCACAGACACCUGCAGGCCCUGCUGAAAGCUGAGACGCCCCAGAACCUGAAAGACUGGAAAGAGGAGGGACUGUUUAACUUCUGUUAUGGCGUACUUUUUCAAGUUGGAUACCUCACACUUUUUGGAGGGGAACAGAACAAUAAUGGCACAGCGCCAUCAAAUGUGUACAAAGAGUACAAGAAGUUUGAUCAGCUCUUAACCAAAUUAGCAAGAAGAACACUGACAUCAGAGGAGAAGCGGACGGCCCAGGCUACACGGAAGACCCUGUGGAAGCUUUUGGCUCCGGCAGGUGUCAGUGAGGACUCGGGUUCGAGUCCCUGGCUGCACGCCUACAGACAGCAGUUGACAGAGGAGGGAACUGAUGAGGAAACUCAAAAAAAGGCUGUGCUCAUGCAACUCUGGGCCACACAGGGAAACGUUGGUCCUGCUGCCUUCUGGCUCUUGACUUACUUGUUGAUGAACCCUGAAGCGCUGACGGCUAUGAGGAGAGAAUUCAGCCAGAUCACACAGACCUCAGCCUGUCCUCUGCUGGACAGACACGUGCACACACCUGUGUUCAAUAGUGCUCUGGAAGAGGCACUUCGGCUGACUGCUGCCCCCUUUAUCACCAGAGAGGUAGUGCAGGAAAAGACCCUCCACAUGGCGGACGGCAGAGAGUACCUACUGAGGAAAGGAGACCGGAUAUGUUUGUUCCCCUUCAUCAGCCCUCAAAUGGACCCUGAGGUUCACCACGAGCCACAGACGUACAAGUACAAUCGCUUUGUGAAUGAAGACGGCUCAGAGAAGAAAGAUUUCUAUAAAGGAGGGAGGCGGCUGAAAUAUUACACCAUGCCAUGGGGCGCAGGGACAAACGGCUGUGUGGGAAAGCAGUUUGCCAUCAAUACCAUCAGACAGUUUGUUUACAUGGUGUUGACCGAUUUUGAUGUGGAGCUGUGCGACCCAGAUGCCCAGUUGCCUGCCGUAAAUGCCAGCCGUUAUGGAUUUGGAAUGAUUCAGCCAGAAGGAGAGCUAUUUGUCCGAUAUAAACGUCGGAGUCCACACUAAAACUUCAAACACACAGCAUGUCUCAUUAUUCAUGUACAUUUCGAAAUCAUUGCACACAUCCACGUGCCACUUUAACUUGUGUAUUUUAUAUUUAUCUUGCACUAAUAUUACUUUUGUAUUUACCAUUUACAUGAAGUGUAAAGAUGUGUAAUUUUAUGCUAUGAAAUUAUUUUUCUGAGGUUUUGUGUAAAAUUAAAUCACUCUUGCAGAUGUUACAAAUUUGUUACAGUUACACAUAUUUGUUUUGAGUGAAAUUAAAAUAAUGUACUUCCA